GGGGAGCGGGGCCGUCCCGCCGCCAUCUUGGGCCGGCUCCGGGGGCUGCGGCGGCGGCGGCGGCGGAGCGGGUCCCUCCAUGGGAAGAUGCAGCGGGCGGGGCCGGAGGAGGCGGCGGGGUCGCAGGCGGCGGCGGGGGGGCCCGGGCGGAGCGGGGCCGAGGUGGCGGCGGCCCCCGCCGGGCGGCUCCUGAGGCGGGAGCUGCGGCUGCUCGAGUCCAUCUUCCACCGGGGCCACGAGCGGUUCCGCAUCGGCAGCGCCUGCCCCGACGAGAUCAGCUGCGAGUUCGUCCCGGGAGCCGGGGCCCGCGCCGGUGCCUCCGGGGCCCGGGGGCCGCCGCCGGGGCCCGUCCGCAUCCACUGCAACAUCACGGAGUCUUACCCAGCCGUUCCCCCGAUAUGGUCUGUGGAGUCAGACGAUCCGAACCUGGCAGCUAUCCUGGAGAGGCUGGUGGAAGUCAGGAAAGGAAACACGCUGCUUUUGCAGCACCUGAAGCGAAUAAUCUCCGACCUGUGCAAACUCUACAACCUCCCCCAACAUCCAGACGUUGAAAUGCUGGACCAGCCCCUGCCGGCAGAACAGAGCACACAGGAAGAGGUGUCCUCUGAAGAGGAAGACGAAGAGAUGCCAGAGGACACUGAGGACUUGGACCACUAUGAGAUGAAAGAGGAAGAGCCGGCAGAUGGGAAGAAGACAGAGGAUGAAGGCAUUGGGAAGGAAAACCUGGCCAUUUUAGAGAAAAUAAAAAAGAACCAGAGGCAAGAUUACUUAAAUGGUGCAGUGUCUGGGUCUGUGCAGGCCACCGACCGGCUAAUGAAGGAGCUCAGGGAUAUUUACCGAUCACCAAGUUUCAAGGGCGGAUACUAUGCAGUUGAACUAGUGAACGACAGCCUGUACGAUUGGAACGUCAAACUCCUGAAGGUUGACGAGGAUAGCGCUUUGCACAAUGAUCUCCAGAUCCUCAAAGAGAAAGAAGGCACAGAUUUCAUCCUCUUAAACUUCUCCUUUAAAGAUAACUUCCCUUUUGAUCCACCGUUCGUAAGGGUCGUGUCCCCGGUGCUGUCAGGGGGGUAUGUUCUGGGUGGCGGUGCCAUCUGCAUGGAGCUACUUACAAAACAGGGCUGGAGCAGCGCGUACUCCAUCGAGUCGGUGAUUAUGCAGAUCAGCGCAACGCUGGUGAAAGGGAAGGCACGAGUACAAUUUGGAGCCAAUAAGAAUCAGUACAGCCUGACAAGAGCACAGCAGUCCUACAAAUCCCUGGUUCAGAUCCACGAGAAGAAUGGCUGGUACACACCGCCCAAGGAGGACGGCUAGCACAGAUGCUGCAGGACCAAUCUGAUUAUCUUCUGGAUGCUCUACUUGGAUCUUAACGAUGCCUCUUGGCUUUCUCCCAGGAUGUAAUAGCUCUGCCUGUUGCAGGACAAUAAUGGCUGUUAAAAACUCUAAAUAAAACUGUUUAAGCAGUUGGACUGACUUAAAACACUUGCUGGACCCUUGCUAGCAGGCAUUCUUGUUAAAACAAACUUUUGAGCCUCUUGUAUCGCUGGAAGCUUUCGACUCUACUCCAGUCUAGAGCGUCCUCCUUACCUAUGCUAUGGAUUUAAUUUAUUUUCUUAUUUCAUGUACACUGCUUUUUUUUGUUACAGUGUAUGAUGGAUGUGUAUGGAAAAUGUAUCUUUGGAGAAAAAUUACAGUUUGUUAAUUUGAAGAUGCUGGUCUGACUAAUUUUUUAUUUUUUUUUUUUUUUUUUUCCAAGCUGCUGCUGGGUGGAUCGUACCCUGCGCUGGCAGCGGCGGGGAACAAACCCCUCUGCAGCAGCUGUGCCACGCUGCAUCUUCAGCCCUGGUCCUGUGGUGUGGAUGGAGCUGAGGAGCCACGGGCUAGGGAAUGGCCCAGGCCUCUUGGUGUUGGCUGCGAAGUCCCUGGACAAGCCCUGUGGGAAGGUCUGAAACAGCUGCCUUGGAAGAAGAAAAUUUUUUAAAUUUUUUUCUUUUUUUUUUUUUUUGCAACAACAGAGCAGGGCUUCUGUCCCCUUCUCCCCUAGAGCAAGAACAGACUUUUCUCUUUAUAAACUGCAAACUUACGCCUCUGGAAGUGGAGAGGGGAAGAUCCGUAAGGCUUUCCUGUGUCCUGCUGAGGAUGAGGGGUUCAUAGCUGCACCCCAGGGCUGCCAGCUCACACCCCAAACUUCGUGUCCUGUCUUGCCAAGCAGUGAGAGAUGCGUGGAGGCUCGGCUGUGACAAACCCGGAGCUGUAGCCCUUUGCCCUUGUCUCUCCCCACUAACCCCAUGUGGAGGGGGAAGGGGGCUGAGCCCUUUGUACCUGUAAAUGCUGCGCUGUGGAUGAAAGCCUGGUUCUCUAGGGUUUGAUUUUUUUUUUUUUCCUCCUCAAGCCCUCGUUCCUGCUCGGCUCAGUGCUACAGGGCUGAGCCCCAGCCCUUGGUGGAAGGCAUUGCUGCAGUCGUGCCCUGUUGCUUCAGUCCCUGGUCCUUGCUCAAGUCCCCUCUGCUCUAGCCCGAGGCUGCUGGAAGGAGAUUUGGGUGUUGGAGCUCCUCUAACUUCUGGUGCUGUGUCCUCGGCUGGAGGGCAUAGCUGACUCAUUAGUGUCAAAGCCGGGCCAUCAGUAUUAAUUCACUGUGUUUGAAUAAAAGUUAUUAGAAAAAUCAAA